AUGAACGAUUUCAACAAUCACAAUUCCCAGUGGGUCUCGUUCCACAUUCGUGGCCACCUAGACAAGGGCGACGUCUUGGUUCAGAACACUGUCAUCGAAGGCGGUGAGUUCUACGACGUCAAUGACCGCCGCAAGUCCCUCACAGAGGAGGAGAUCGACGAAAUCGUGAUCGCACCCAACGGUGUUGGCGAGAUCGGUGCCCAGAGCCGCCGGGGCAGUGAGGGUCGUCUUGACUUAUUUCAUGAUAAUGCCAAAAUCUGUGAGCUCCAUUGGGAGAACAGAGGAGGAAAAUACGUCAACUUGGUUGAGACGUUGGACAGUAGUGACAAGUAUAGAAUCGAGCAUGGGGGAUGGAGCGCAGAGGAAGGACCUCUCGGACACGUGUUUGUGGACAUCUUGCCAAAGAAGAAGUAG